AUGCCAGAGUGGUUAGUUAAAAUUGAAGACAUUGAAGGUGCCGACAGAACUCCAUAUUAUCCAGAACAUAUGCAAAACCUGAAGAACUUAUUCGAUGAAAAGAUCUUAGUUGGUGCGGGUGCAUUAACUACUCCUGAAGGAAAAGAAACUGGUGGUAUAUUGAUUAUAGCUGCAAAAACAAAGGAAGAAGCAAUUGAGGUUGUGAAACGUGACGUUUUUGCUAGAAAGGGUAUUUUUAAGAUGGACACCAUUACGUGUGAAAGAACCAUUGGUAUCCGUGCUGCAAGAUCAUUCGAAUCCUGUCAUGAAGAGUUCGAGUCUCUAAGUAGAAAGGAAUAA